GGCUCUGGGAGGUGGAAGCGGCGGCGCGGACGGUGAGGAAGCUCUGCUUUGACAGCCUUGGGUCACUGUGCGGUGGGCGGGGCGCUGGGCCCUCGACUCUGGCACAGUGUACCCCCAGUGGGCUUGUCCUUGGCGAGGGACAGCGUCGGCCGAGGUUUCUGGCGGGAUGCGACACUCUCUGUGUACUUGUGGUAUGACAUGUGCAAAGAUUCUGCCUGCUUUUUGACUAUGAAGGAGACAGACCUGGAGGCUGUUGCCACAGCAGUCCAAAGGGUUGCUGGGAUGCUUCAGCGCCCAGACCAGCUGGACAAAGUGGAGCAGUAUCGAAGAAGGGAGGCUCGGAAGAAGGCCUCUGUGGAAGCCAGGCUAAAGGCUGCGAUCCAGUCUCAACUAGAUGGGGUACGCACAGGCCUAAGCCAGCUCCACAAUGCAUUGAAUGAUGUCAAGGAUAUCCAGCAGUCACUGGCUGAUGUCAGCAAGGACUGGAGGCAAAGCAUUAACACCAUUGAGAGUCUCAAAGACGUAAAAGAUGCAGUGGUGCAGCACAGCCAGCUGGCUGCAGCCGUGGAGAACCUCAAGAACAUAUUCUCUGUGCCUGAGAUUGUGAGGGAGACCCAAGAUCUCAUCGAGCAAGGGGCCCUCCUGCAAGCCCACCGGAAGCUAAUGGAUCUGGAGUGCUCGCGGGAUGGGCUAAUGUGUGAGCAGUACCGCAUGGACAGUGGGAACAAACGGGACAUGACCCUCAUUCAUGGCUACUUUGGUAGCACACAGGGACUCUCUGAUGAGCUGGCUAAGCAGCUGUGGAUGGUGCUGCAAAGGUCACUGGUCACUGUCCGCCGGGAUCCUACCUUGCUGGUCUCUGUGGUCAGAAUCAUUGAGAGGGAAGAAAAAAUUGACAGGCGGAUACUUGAUCGAAAAAAGCAAACUGGGUUUGUUCCUCCUGGAAGGCCCAAAAACUGGAAGGAAAAAAUGUUUGCAAUCUUGGACAGAACUGUGACAACUAGAAUCGAAGGUACACAGGCAGACACCAGAGAGUCUGACAAGAUGUGGCUUGUGCGCCACCUGGAGAUCAUUAGGAAGUAUGUCCUGGAUGAUCUCAUCAUUGCCAAGAACCUCAUGGUCCAGUGCUUCCCUCCUCACUACGAGAUCUUUAAGAACCUCCUGAGCAUGUACCACCAGGCCUUGAGUACUCGGAUGCAGGACCUUGCGUCGGAGGACCUUGAGGCCAAUGAGAUUGUGAGCCUCUUGACAUGGGUCCUAAAUACCUACACCAGUACAGAGAUGAUGGGGAAUGUGGAGCUAGCCCCAGAAGUGGACGUUAGUGCCCUGGACCCUCUCCUCUCUGCAAAUGUGGUCUCUGAGCUGCUUGACACAUACAUGUCAACACUCACGUCCAACAUCAUUGCCUGGCUUCGGAAAGCACUGGAAACAGACAAGAAAGACUGGAGCAAAGAGACAGAGCCAGAAGCAGACCAGGAUGGCUACUAUCAGACUACACUUCCUGCCAUUGUAUUCCAGAUGUUUGAACAGAAUCUUCAAGUUGCUGCUCAAAUAAGUGAAGAUUUAAAAACAAAGGUAUUGGUUUUGUGUCUUCAGCAAAUGAAUUCUUUCCUAAGUAGAUACAAAGAUGAAGCCCAGCUUUACAAAGAAGAGCACCUGAGAAACCGGCAACACCCACACUGUUAUGUGCAGUACAUGAUUGCCAUCAUCAAUAACUGCCAGACCUUCAAAGAGUCCAUCAUCAGUCUGAAAAGGAAGUACCUAAAAACUGAAGCAGAGGAGGGCCUGUGUCUGAGCCAGCCGAGCAUGGAUGGGAUUCUAGACGCCAUUGCUAAGGAGGGCUGCAGCAGUCUGCUGGAGGAGGUCUUCCUGGAUCUAGAGCAACAUCUGAAUGAGCUGAUGACAAAGAAGUGGCUGUUAGGGUCGAAUGCUGUGGAUAUUAUCUGUGUCACCGUAGAAGACUACUUCAAUGACUUUGCCAAAAUUAAAAAGCCAUAUAAAAAGAGGAUGACAGCUGAGGCACAUAGGCGUGUGGUGGUGGAAUACCUGCGGGCUGUCAUGCAGAAGCGUAUUUCCUUUCGGAGUGCUGAAGAGCGCAAGGAGGGUGCUGAGAAGAUGGUCAGAGAGGCUGAACAGCUCCGCUUCCUAUUCCGGAAGCUGGCAUCUGGAUUUGGUGAGGAUGCAGAUGGACACUGUGAUACAAUUGUUGCAGUGGCAGAGGUCAUUAAGCUCACAGACCCUUCUCUGCUCUACCUAGAAGUCUCAACUUUGGUCAGCAAAUAUCCAGACAUCAGAGAUGACCACAUUGGUGCACUGUUGGCAUUGCGAGGAGAUGCCAGCCGGGACAUGAAACAGACCAUCAUGGAGACACUGGAGCAGGGCCCCAUGCAAGCAAGCCCCAACUAUGUACCCAUCUUCAAGGAGAUCGUUGUACCCAGUCUGAACGUGGCAAAGCUCCUUAAGUAGCCCUGUCCCCCACUGCCCUGUGUGUCUCUACUGUGUAGCCCUGUCCCCCUGCUGCCCCAUGUGUCUUUACUGUGUAGCCCUGCCCCCCUGCUGCCCCGUUUGUCUUUACUGUGUAGCUUUCCUGUUGUCACGGUAUUAAAACAAAAGUCCGUCUCUAGGUCCCCUAUGAUGUCAGUUACACGUUCCUGUCUUCUGUGGCAUCACACUGUUCUCUACUAUGAGAAAAAAGAUGUGUAGUGGGCAUCACUUCUUCUUCCCUGCUAAAGUCUUGCUUUGCUUAAUUAACGCUUUGAACCUCUGCCACUUAAUUAAAGGAAAAGAAAGCCAGGAAGCUUCUCAUUCCCAGUUGUAGGUUGUUCUGACUGGUUGUGAUAUGGCCAUGUCCAAUGGCAACAGGGGGUCAUCAGGUCUCUGCUGACCUGUGAGUAGUCCUGAGCAGUCUGGGGCCAGGAUCUGCCCUGGCCUUUCUGUCAUUCUGAUGUCCACAGCUCUUCUUGUACAUGGAUGGUUGUCCUCUUGUUCCAGAGCUCCAGGGACUCCUUAAAUAAAACAUGGUUGGAGGGCUUGGUAGGGACUGACCUAUUGCCUAGGUCUUGUACCACAUGGCCACCCUUGAAUGUGUAAACUAAUGAAAUAUUUUGUUUCUGCUCUUGAUGGCAGUGUUAACAUUCUGAUUUUAUUUCAUUCUUACAAAGUAUAUAAAGAAAAAAAUCACAAAUAACCUUUUCUGGAACUAAGUAAAAAUUCCUCUGGAAUUCAGAAGAAACAUGAAUUUCCUAGAGGGCCUGGCUGGUAUUGUUUUGAUCCAGGCCCUGCUCAACAAUUCACUCAAUGUGAAUGACAACUGGGCAAUGCUUUUUAAAUGUGCACUGAGAAGUACUGACAAAUAGCAAUGACUCUUGUGGUAACAAAAGAUGCUUGUGUCUCCACUGAGGUUUCUCACUGUAGGCUGCUGCUGGGCAUGUAGGGUAGACAUUAAAAUGACCACUGAAUGCCUACAUCGUUAAGUCCAUUUGGCUCUUGAGCCUUAGAGGUCAACAGAGGACAGGGGAUAUCAUAUUUGUGAACAGUGGGUAGUAGAGUCAUGGAGACAGAAUAGAAAUUGCUAGACAUACCAGGCUAUGUACUAGUGGGUAGACAGUGUCCAGUGUGAUACAGGGAAAGCUGUGGCCAAGAAUCUUUUUGGAGGACACCUAUGUACAGGGUUGGAUAGGCUAUUCCAGUGAGUGAGUUGUGACUAUAUAGACCAAAGUUUAUAGUGUCUGCUUCUUGAACAGCAAUGUGUGGCUGCCAUUUGUCAGACAGGAAAAUGUUUGAGAGAGAACAUUGACCAGGUAUUGAUUCUGGGAAAUGAGCUGUUAGCCAUGAAAGGGUAUCUUCCAGAUUAGCAGAGUCCCUUGGUUGUUGCCUGUCUUAGAUUCUUUUGCUGUGAUGAGACAUCAUAACCAAAGCAACCAUUAUAAAAGAACACAUUUAACUGGGAGCUUGCUUACAAUUUCAAAGGUUUAGUCCAUUGUCAUACUGGAGGGGAGCCUAGCAUCAUGCAGACAGGUGCCGGAGCAAUAGCUGAGAGCUGUUCUGAAGGCACAGACAGACAUGAGCUUUUGACACUUCAGAGUUCAUCCCCACCUCAUGACACAUUUCUCGAAUAAGGCCACGCCUCCUAAUCCUUUCAGAUAGUUCCACUCUGUGGUGACUAAGCAUUCAAGUGUAUGAGCCUAUGGAGGCCAUUCUUAUUCAAACCACCAUAUUGACUUUAUUUAGUUGGGUCCAGGAUAAGUAGAUGUUUCAGGUCAUGCUGGAUCACCAGUGAGAUGGAGAAGCAGCUAUGAGAUUGAUGCUGUUUCAUUCCCCUUUCCUCAUAUCUGUUGAUGCACUGUUCAGGUUGGUGGGUGAGCUCCCUCUAAAGAAGGAAAGGAUGGACAUCCUAGACACCUGACUUCAGGUUGCCAGAACCAGGCCACCUCAACAGAGUCCUUUAAUGCAGACAGAGUUCAGGGAAAACUGAACAAGCAGAGCCACAUUGGGUCAUUCUUUUCUUAAUGCAGUGGAAUGAAUUGUGACUUCUAAAAAGAAAGAUUGAGCUCUUAUCUUUAGAACCUGAAUCAGACUUGGUUGAAAGUAGUCAUUGCAGGUGUGAUGUAACUAAAGGUACGAAAUCACAUGGAAAUAGUGUGAGUACUUGCAUGGAGACGUCAACAGUCCUUAAAACCAAGAAGAGGCCUGGAAGGACUCCUCUCCUGACUCCUGGACUUUAUUUUUUCCCAUAAGGCAUGAAGCAGACUUCGUGAGUCACUCAGUGUUCUUUGCUAGUUUACCCAUUAUAUCUGCUUUGAGAUGACUAUAAACUUAACAGCUGAGAUUCCUCUUGUAGACAGCCAAUGUCUUGGGAUUCUGCUUUGAUAUACAAUUUUAAAUGAUCUAAAAUAAGAAGUGUGUUGCAGGACCUCUAGAGUUCAUGUUUAACAGGCUCUGCCACACACACCUCUGCCUUGUACUGUCCUUACCUCAACCUACAGAGACCCUCCUUGGUCCCCUUUCUUGCCGUUCCUUCUUACUCAUGCACUUUGAUGUCUGUAGUACCUCAGCCACCUCCUCAGCCAUGGUGGGAGCUGUUUCAAUUGCCCACUGCCCAGUCAGCCACAGGAAGUAUCCAAUCUCUUUUAUAUCUGAGAGAUGCUUAAUUGAGGCUUUCCAUAGAUAUGUCCAACAGCUUCCCAUCCCUAAUAGGAACAUACUCUCGGUUUUAUCUUAAUUUUAAUGCACAAUAAAUUGCUCCUUAAAUUAUC